AUGUCCGACACAACUAACGUCUCUAGAUGUUCCCCUGGGGGCAUCGGAAACUCUCUGGCGCGCGAGUUCCACCGCAAUGGACUCCGCGUACUAGCCACUGCGCGCGAUGCCGCGACCAUCUCUGAUCUCGCCGAGCUCGGCAUUGAAACUCUGAGCCUGACCGUGGACGAUCCCGAAAAUGUCAAGGAGUGCUUCGCAGAGGUUGAGAAGAGGCUCGGAGACAAAGGGCUCGAUUACCUGGUCAACAAUGCUGGCCGAAACUACACCGUUCCUGCUAUGGAGGUCGAGCUCUCCGAGGUUCGCCAGACCUUCGAGACUAACCUUUUCGCCGUGAUUACGAUGUGUCAGACUUUCCUGCCGUUGCUGAUCAAGGCGAAGGGCACCAUUGUCCAGAUCGGCUCAGUCGCUGGUAUCAUUCCAUACGUCUUCGGAUCUGUCUACAAUGCAUCCAAAGCAGCACUGCACUCGUACAGUGAUACUCUUCGUGUGGAGCUGGCUCCAUUCGGGCAUGUUUCCCCCGUUCAUCCCAUUUCCCAUUACUGA